UCAACAACAAAUCCAAUGCGCCGGUCGACAAUUUGAGACACUUGACCCUGUUUUAUGUGAAAAAAAUAAUUAAUUACUUGGCAUUAUUAUGGAUUUUUCUGAGGGAAGCGCGGGGGGGAAACGGCCAGACGCCCCUCGGCCGGUUUCUAGACGGGGUUACCGAGAGUACACGAAUACAGGCUCAGCUGUGUCUAGAAGCAGCACGAUGAGGCCGACAUCAGCAUACAGAGGCAGUACAGCUUCACGGCUGUCCACGGCAGGGUUCGGACCAGCGCCUCCAACAGCCAGUAGGCAGCCUACAGCGAUGACAGGAUUUUCAAUGAUCGACAGACCAAUAACGCAGCAAGGAAUAUCAGGACUUAGGACUGGUACCGCCAGAGGGUUUCGGACGCGGCAACUGCAAGAUAAACGAUACUGGGAAGAGCUGAUGCAAGUCAAAGUCAGGGAGAUGAAAGCUGAGAUAGCCAGAUUGAGUGAACAGGCCGAUGCGGGAGAAAGAGAGAGAUCCGCUAAGAAACAUUAUGAGAAGAGAGUAAGGGAGUUAGCAUUGGAGUUGACUGAUUUACAAGGACGUCUAGCAGAUUACAACACAGCAAUACGUAUAGCCAAUGGAGAGGCUAACAAACAAUCAGUAGAAGAACAGACGAGAGAACUAGAAUUAAGCAAUCAGAAGAUGCAAGAAGAAGUGGAACAAGUUUUCAUGGAGAAACAGAGGAAGGAGAAUCAGCUGCGGCAAUUGAGGGAACAAAUGGAUAAGGAACAAUCGACCAUAACAAAAUUACUAGCAGAAAUGACACAAGAGCAAAAAGACGAAUACAAUGAGUUAGAAGCAACUGCUGCCGCACUAAGGGAGGAGGUUGAGCAAGCGAGGACGCAAAUCGAUCACCUCAACAGGGAGAAAGAUGAAUUUAGUAAAGAGAUAUCUGGAUCUCAAAUAAAGGUCCAUCUAUUGGAGCUACAUCGUCGACUAGUCGCAGCUGAAGAAAAACGUGACAACAUGAAAAAUGAAAUGAACAACCGAUUGGACCCACAAGAGGAGCGCGAGAAACUUUUACUUCAGGUUCGUGAAGACAAUGCCGCAAUUGCGUCGCUGGACAGUAACGCAGCGAAUUUAAAAGAGCAGAUUAAGAAAGUACAAGAACUAAUUGAGCAAGCUGAACAGGAUCUAGAAGAAGGAAAUUCUGAACGUCAUCAAAAAUAUCGUGAACUGAAAAAGAGAGAAGAAACAAUGGACACAUUCAUGGCUACUUACGAAGAAAAUCUCAAAAAGGAACAAGAAAAGAUAGAACAGCUAGAGAAAGAUAUCGUCUUUGCUUUAGAACACAGUAGUUCUAACAUUGACUUGGAUUUGAGUGAAAUAGAUUCAUUGAAACAGAAAGAAGGGUACACAUCUCAGUAUGAUGAUACCAAAAAAUCUGCAGAUAUUUUGAUGAAGGAUUACGAAAGGUUCCAGGCUAAUUUGAAGAAGGCUGAAGCAACAAGGGAGCGAUUAGCGACAGAGUUACAAACGUUGCCAGAGAAGACUAAAGUCAUGCAAGAGGAACUAAUAACAUUGUCAGAUUUGGAAAAACUUCGUGACGAAGGUGAAGAACAAAAGAAAGGGUUAGAAACUGAGAUGCAACAGCUCAGGGAAAAAUUGGCUCCCACUGAAAGUGCAGUACAAGAAGCAUUGGCUAAAUUGAAGAAAUUGCAGGCCAGUCUCGACGGCAAUGAAAUGUACGCAAAGCUGAACGCUUUAGAAGACCAGCUAGCUCAACUGGAGAAUAGAAAGACCGUGCUAGAAGAAGAUAUAGCCUCAAUUACUCUAAAGGCCGACUAUGAACCUUUGAAGAAACAGGCCAUGGAAGAAUUGGCAGCUUUGAAUAGAAAGAUAAAAGAGGACUUGAAUAGUGUUAAAUCUUAUUGAUAAAGUGUUGUAAAUG